GGAUGGAAGGAGGAAGAUGGACGGGUGACCUGGUCAGGCUGUCUCCCGCAUCCCUCCCCACAACCUCUGAGCAUUCCCUCCCAGGACCCUUGGAGAAAUCUGGUGAGUUCCAGGGGAGAGGAGAUGGGGACAGGGAUAGAUGGUGGAGGGAGAAAGAGGAAAAGAUGGAGAGGAGACAAAUGGAAGGAAGUUCCUGACAGGAAGAAGGAACGGGUGAGGCCUUCUCCGGAGCAGCUCUUUGUUUCUUGAAUACUUUUCCUAAAGUAGUGGGGGCAGAUUUUCUUCCUCCAGGCUUUGAAAUCUUAGGUGUUAUUUCCACGGCAGGAAUAAUUGAUGAUAAUGAUGUUGCACACCAAUCCUGAAAAAUGGGUGAAGGGGAAUGGAAAUGCUUCCCAUAAUUAUUUAUAAUUAAUGUAUUUAAAUUGUUUCUAUUACUCUUAUUUUUUAUAGACAGCGUCAGAAUGAUACAUUCCACCAGCAUCAAAACACAAUAAAUGCAUGCACCUCCCCAGUUUGGUGGGCUUAAGGGACAAAGGACCCGUUAUCAUGAUACACAAUUCCUGUGGCUGGAGGCUCUACACUUAGGAUUGGGCAUAUAAAGUCCAAGAGUGUCUGGUAUUAUAAGCAAGUUGUGUAAAUUUUAGAGACUGGGGUUGUUUGUGAGAGGGAGGGAGUGGGAUAAUAAUUUAUAGCGCUCCUGUGUAAUGGCUUGGUUCUCCCGCACAGACGCGAGACAACUCCAGUAGUAAUUAUCUCAGGUUUAUUGCUCAAACUCAUAAAUCACUGUGGAGCUCAGUCUUCGGCCUGUUCAUCCCAGCUUGCAGUUGCCGAGUCCUCCAGCAAAGAGGACUUUCCACUUUCGCUUUCUUUUCCCCUCUUCUCGCACAUUCUCACGAGCCUACGAUUUUUUGGACAGGCUAUUUCGGGGGCUCUGUGUCAGAGCUCAAACUGGAAAUAACAGUCUGUGCCCCCCCCGUCGGCACCCCCUCUUCCUGCUCCUUGUUCUUUCCUCCUGCUGCAGCUUGGCUGCUCCUCCCCUGCUUCACAUUCCAACUGAAUCACAUCUCUUGCGUUCUCAGGCUCUGUCAGCGGAGGCACGAGAGGCUUGAGAUUCACGGAGCUGACACCCUGUAAUUUUGUCCGUCCCUAAGCUUCCAUGGAGACACUGUGGUACAACCUUGGUGCAAAUUUCAAAAUAAGUACACAAAGCCAAGAAAGAGACUCAGAGGUUUAUAGUGGCACCAGCUUUCCUGGUCAAGAGUCCACUAAGUCCCACAGAAGCUUAGGCAAUAAUACAUUUAUCAGCUUUUAAGGGCUGCAAAAGAUGAAUCAACAGAAGUGUAGUUCAUCUAUGAAAUCCAUCCUGCAGGAGACAGUGACGGACAGCAACAUGGAUAGCUUGAAGAAAAGGAUAAGACUGACGUCUCUGCUCUGCCCUCGCGGUCCUAGGCAAUAAUCCUUCUUAAUACUAGUUUCUGGAAAGCGCAGGAAGGCAGAGAAGACUCUUGUGCUCCAAUCCUGCUUGCCGGUUUCCCACAGGCAUCUGGUUGGCCUCUGUGAGAAGUGGAUGCUGGACUAGGUGGGCCUUUGCCUGAUCCAGCAGGCUCUUCUUAGGUUCCAAUAUAUUGCAAUAUUUUUACAGUUACAUGUAGCACUUAAGUUUUAUUUAUUUCACAAGGGAAAUACUGUUACUUGAGCCUGAGAUCAUUUCUUCACUUCAGAAAGAAAAAAUAGAUGUGUCUAAUAAGCCAAUUCCACCAUAGAUCUGUAUUAUAAAACGAUGGUGCUUUAUUAGGUUUGAAUGGAGUGAUCAUGUGUUGCUCUUGCCACUAUCUCGUCAGCUUAUGUAAAAUUUGGGACCUAGAGAGGAUAUUGGAGAAUGAAGGUGUUACAAUGAGAGAAGGUACAGAUUGGGAUUGACAUGUAUUCAGUUCCCUUUUUGUCUUUCUUGAAAGUCUAACAGGAUUCUCUUUCCUCCCAGACUCCCAAACAGGUGAGGAAGAUGAAAGUCAGAAUUCUAUGAAGCCACAUGUGAAUUUAUGGGGGGAAACAAAGAAAUUGAGGAUACAACAAAAAAGUCACAAAGGAGAGAAACUAUUUGAAUGUACGGCAUGUGGAAAGAGCUUCAGUGAAAGUGGAAAUCUUAGAAUACACCAACGAACUCACACAGGGGAGAAACCAUUUGAAUGUAUUGAAUGUGGAAAGAGCUUCACUCGAAAUGAUACACUUAGAAUACACCAACAAACUCAUACAGGGGAGAAACCAUUUAUAUGUGUUGAAUGUGGAAAGAGCUUCAGUACAAGUUGGAAACUUAGAAUACACCAACGAACUCACACAGGGGAGAAACCAUUUAAAUGCAUUGAAUGUGAAAAGAGCUUCAAUGAAAGUCAAACACUUAGAGUACACCAACGAACUCACACAGGGGAGAAACCAUUUAAAUGUGUUGAAUGUGGAAAGAGCUUCAGUACAAGUGGGAAACUUAGAAUACACCAACGAACUCACACAGGGGAGAAACCAUUUAAAUGCAUUGAAUGUGAAAAGAGCUUCAAUGAAAGUCAAACACUUAGAGUACACCAACGAACUCACACAGGGGAGAAACCAUUUAAAUGUGUUGAAUGUGGAAAGAGCUUCAGUACAAGUUGGAAACUUAGAAUACACCAACGAACUCACACAGGGGAGAAACCAUUUGAAUGUAUUGAAUGUGGAAAGAGCUUCAGUACAAGUGGGAAACUUAGAAUACACCAACGAACUCACACAGGGGAGAAACCAUUUAAAUGCAUUGAAUGUGAAAAGAGCUUCAAUGAAAGUCAAACACUUAGAGUACACCAACGAACUCACACAGGGGAGAAACCAUUUAGAUGCAUUGAAUGUGGAAAGAGUUUUAGCAUAAGCAGAGCACUUAGAAUACACCAACAAACUCACACGGGGGAGAAACCAUUUAGAUGUAUUGAAUGUGGAAAGAGCUUCACUCGAAAUGAUACACUUAGAAUACACCAACAAACUCAUACAGGGGAGAAACCAUUUAUAUGUGUUGAAUGUGGAAAGAGCUUCAGUACAAGUGGGAAACUUAGAAUACACCAACAAACUCACACAGGGGAAAAACCAUUUAAAUGUAUUGAAUGUGGAAAGAGCUUCAGUACAAGUGGGAAACUUAGAAUACACCAACAAACUCACACAGGGGAAAAACCAUUUAAAUGUAUUGAAUGUGGAAAGAGCUUCAGUGAUAGUGGAUCACUUAGAAGACACCAACAAACUCACACAGGGGAGAAACCGUUUCAAUGUAUGGAAUGUGGAAAGAGCUGCCAUCAAAAUGCAGCACUUAGAAUACACCAACGAACUCACACAGGGGAGAAACCAUUUAGAUGUAUUGAAUGUGGAAAGAGUUUUAGCAUAAGUGGAGCACUUAGAAGACACCAACGAACUCACACAGGGGAGAAACCAUUUCAAUGUAUGGAAUGUGAAAAAAGCUUCAGUACCACUGGGGAACUUAGAAUACAUCAGCGAACUCACACAGGGGAGAAACCGUUUCAAUGUAUGGAAUGUGGAAAGAGCUUCAGUACAAGUGGAUCACUUAGAAUACACCAACGAACUCAUACAGGGGAGAAACCGUUUCAAUGUAUGGAAUGUGGAAAGAGCUUCAGUACAAGUGGAUCACUUAGAAUACACCAACAAACUCAUACAGGGGAGAAACCAUUUAAAUGUAUUGAAUGUGGAAAGAGCUUCAGUGAUAGUGGAUCACUUAGAAGACACCAACAAACUCACACAGGGGAGAAACCAUUAAAAUGUAUUGAAUGUGGAAAGAGCUACAGUCACUAUGGAGCAUUUAGAAGACAUCAACGAACUCACACAGGAGGAAAAUCACAGAUACUUUAAUAAACCGUAUAGGUGUUCUUUACCUUUCCUUCUAUGCUUCCUUGCAAUACUGAUAAAAUCAAACCACCCCAAUGCUUUCAGCCCCAGAAGAGGAGCUCCCCUUGGUGUCAGGGGAGGGGUCCAAGGGAGCAUCUGAAGCCCUGCCAUUCCUUCUGUCCCUGGCCCCUUCCCCUCCUCUCUCUGCCAUCCCAGGGCCACUCUUGACUCCACAGCAGGAGACUGGAUCUGUCUGUGAUAGUGAGAUGUCCUGGCCGGUUGAAGGACCACUUCCUGUUUUCUGCAGCUCCAUCCUGCC